AUGGUGAGAGAAGAAAUUGACGGCACUCGCACUGACAUUGUCACCCUUUCGAGCUUUAUCCUUCAAGAGCAAAGACGAUACAACAGCAAAUACCAUGAUCAGGGUAGUAGUAUCAUCCGAGAAGCCAGUGGUGAGUUAUCUCUCUUACUCAACAGCCUUCAGUUUGCCUUUAAAUUCAUCGCAAACAAUAUCCGUAAGGCCGAAUUGGUGAACCUGAUUGGUCUCUCUGGUGUUAUCAAUUCGACUGGUGAUGAACAAAAGCAAUUGGACAGUAUUUGCAACGACAUCUUUAUUCAGGCCAUGAAGACCAAUGGCUGUAUUCGAGUCAUUGUUAGUGAAGAAGAAGAAAAAGAAAUUCUCGUCGACAGCAGUGGAUCUUAUGCCAUCACUUGUGAUCCCAUCGAUGGUUCUUCCAACAUCGAUGCUGGUGUCAGUGUUGGUACCAUCUUUGGUAUCUACAAGAUUCAUCCUGGCAGUAAUGGCUCCCUUAAAGAUGUCUUGCGUUCAGGAAACGAAAUGGUAGCUGCUGGCUAUACCAUGUAUGGCGCAUCUGCUCACCUUUUGUUGACCACCGGACAUAAAGUCAAUGGUUUCACUUUGGACAGCAACCUUGGUGAAUUCAUUUUAACUCAUCGAAAUUUGUCCAUGCCGCAUUUUAAAAACAUCUACUCUAUCAACGAGGGAAACACUUUGUAUUGGCCUCCAAAGAUUGCAGACUUUAUUCACAGCUUGAAGGUGGCUCCAGAAGGUGGAAAACCCUAUGCUGCCAGAUAUAUCGGAUCCAUGGUUGCUGACGUCCAUCGUACUAUGCUCUACGGAGGUCUAUUUUGCUAUCCUUGUUCUCGCGGCAAAGGCAAGCUUCGUUUGUUGUAUGAAUGUUUCCCAAUGGCCUUUUUAUGCGAACAAGCCAAUGGAUUGGCCGUUAAUGACAAGGGUGAAAGAAUCCUCGAUUUAACUCCUGAACAUAUUCAUGAACAAAGUUCCAUUUGGCUUGGCAGUAAAGGAGAAAUCCAAAAAUAUGUUGAUUACAUAAACAAGCAUUAA